AUGUUGCACCGCAGAGUUCCACUACUUCAGAUGAUCUGCUUGGCUCUUAUCAGCGUCACAAGUGUCGCCGGUACCUGUUUCUCUGAGUGUGUCAUUCCAACGGUGACGCAGCAUAACAAGUGGAACAAGCAGACAUGUCCUUGGGGCGACCUCACAGCAGACCGGGCCAGCCCACACGACAUGCCCGACACCGGAAUCACACGGAGCUAUGAGUUCACCAUCUCGCGAGCGAAUAUGUCCCCAGAUGGCGUUACGCGGUCCAUGAUAGUCGUUAACGGCCAGUUCCCAGGACCUGCCAUUGAGGCCAACUGGGGCGACUGGAUCGAAGUCACACUGGUGAAUAAGAUCAAGGACCCCGGCGAGGGUGCCGCCAUUCACUGGCACGGAAUCCGCCAGGUUGGGACUCCGUGGAUGGAUGGUGUGCCAUCAACUACCCAAUGCCCUAUCCCUCCGGGCCACAGGUUCACGUACAGGUUCCGUGCCGACGAGUACGGUUCGAGCUUCUGGCAUUCCCAUGUCGGGUCACAGUACUCUGCAGGUGCUUUUGGCGCCAUCGUUGUUCAUGGACCAAAACAUCAAGACGCCCACUAUGAUGAAGAUCUCGGUCCCGUCUUUCUGACGGACUGGUACCAUGCCGACACUCGUGACAUUGUCAAAGGCGUCGUGGGCCUUCCAGCACCACUGACACAGCCAUAUUCGGACAACAACCUGAUUAAUGGCCGCAUGCCUUUCGAUUGUACAAACGCAAACAUCACGGCAUUUAACCGAACAUGUACCAGCGAUGCCGACUACUCGAGGUACAGAUUCACCAGAGGAAAGACGUAUCGUCUUCGUCUUCUGAAUAUUGGCAGCCAGGGCAUGCAGAGAUUCACCAUUGACGGCAUGAAGAUGAAGGUGUUGGCCCAGGACUUUAUCCCCGUUGUUCCGUACACGACCGAUGUUGUUACCAUUGGAAUCGGCCAGCGUACCGACGUCUUGGUUACCGCUACAGGAAGUUCGGCCGACGCCAUCUGGAUGAGGUCCGACGUUAGUCCGACGUGUUCUGUCAGCACCCAGGGUCACGCACUGGCUGCCAUUUACUACGAGAAAGCGGACACAUCCGUCCUGCCCAACUCCACUGCGACAGUCUACGACGACUCAUUCUGCGGAAAUACCUUUCGGGCAGACUUUGAACACCCAAUCCUCCUCCUCGAGAACCAGGGUAGUAGUACCACGCCCUCAUACGUCCAAAACCCCGAACGCAUGACCUACAACGUCGGCAGCAACAGCUCCGUCCGGAUCAUCCUGAACAACUACAGCUUCAACAACCGGAGCCAGCACCCGAUCCACUUCCACGGGCACGACUUCUGGAUCGUAGCAGAGGGCGUGGGCAAGUGGGACGGUGUGGUGCCCCCCAAAAGCCUCAACAAUCCGAUGCGUCGCGACACGCACAUCUUGCAGCCCGGAAAACCUGACGGACGGCCCGGAUACAUGGUCAUGGACUUUGUUACCGACAAUCCGGGGGUGUGGCCGUUGCAUUGCCAUUUGGCGUGGCAUGUUAGUGCGGGUCUUUAUGUGAAUAUUUUGGAACGACCUGAUGAGAUUGCGAAUCUCACAAUUCCUGACGUGGCUGGCAAAUCCUGCAGAGAGUGGACUUCGUAUAGAAGGCCGUUGGACCCGGUUAUAGAUUCAGGUGUGUGA